AUGGGUUUGGUUGUUGGCUUCUUCAUCGUGGACUUCCCUGUCCGUCUCACUAUGAAAUCCAUCCCGGCACAAUACGUCCUUGGCGGAGCAAUCAUACUCUUCGGCACUGCCACUGGGCUAGUGCCCGUUUGUGGGAGAUAUUCAAGUCUCAUGGUCCUCCGAUUUAUCCUGGGCUGCGGCGAGGCCGUCCUGACCAUGGGUUGUCUGUACCUCAGCCAAUGGUACAAAGCGGAUGAGCUCGCUUGCGGACAGCUGAGUCCAAAUGAGCAAGCCCUCUGUUCCAAUAAUUCGCUGCUGACAACGAGGACGGCAUUCAUGUACUGGUCCACAGUCGCGUCGUUCAGCAGCGGACCUAUCAGCUACGGAACCGACAAGAACCUAGAUGGUGUGCAUGGCAUCGCCUCGUGGAAAUGGCUGUUCAUCAUCGAGUCUGUUCCCACGGUGGUUGGUGGUCUUGCCGCGGUAGUUGUCCUACCUGUCGGUACGGCUGUGGUGAAGCCCAAGAUCAAGCAACCAAGCCUCUCUGGCAUCCCCAAGCAAUGCUGGGUGUUUGCUGUCUUCGUUUCAACAUGCUGA